AUGAAUUCUGAUUCGAGCUCUGUCUCCAGCAGAGCCUCAUCUCCGGACAUGGAUGAGAUGUACCUGAGGGACCACCACCGCCACCGCCACCACCACCAAGAGAGCCGUCUCAACUCGGUCUCGUCCACACAGGGCGACAUGGUGCAGAAGAUGCCUGGGGAAAGCCUCUCGCGGGCCGGCGCCAAGGCCGCGGGAGAGAGCAGCAAGUACAAAAUCAAGAAGCAGCUGUCGGAGCAGGACCUACAGCAGCUACGGCUGAAGAUCAACGGACGCGAGCGCAAGCGGAUGCACGACCUGAACCUCGCCAUGGACGGGCUGCGCGAGGUCAUGCCGUACGCGCACGGGCCCUCGGUGCGCAAGCUUUCCAAGAUCGCCACUCUCCUGCUGGCCAGAAACUACAUCCUCAUGCUCACCAGCUCCCUGGAGGAGAUGAAGAGGUUGGUUGGCGAAAUCUACGGGGGCCACCACUCGGCCUUCCACUGCGGGACCGUAGGACACUCUGCCGGCCACCCGGCCCACGCGGCCAACGCGGUGCACCCCGUGCACCCCAUCCUGGGCAGCGCGCUGUCGUCCGGCAACGCCUCGUCCCCGCUGUCCGCCGCCUCCCUGCCCGCCAUCGGCACCAUUCGGCCGCCCCACUCGCUGCUCAAGGCGCCCUCCACGCCGUCCGCGCUGCAGCUGGGCGGCGGCUUCCAGCACUGGGCCGGGUUGCCCUGCCCGUGCACCAUCUGCCAGAUGCCGCCGCCGCCGCACCUGUCCGCCCUCUCCACCGCCAACAUGGCCCGGCUCUCGGCCGAGUCCAAGGACUUGCUCAAGUGA